CAAUCAGUUCUGUUUCUUUCGGCAUUUUCAUUUCAAUCUCUUCUACUCUUUCUCUCAGCAUUCAGCAACGCUGUCAAUGGAAGUAGCAACUGCAACAGCAUCGAGCCUCGCGCUCCACACGCGCAUCUUAACGUUUCCCCAGGCUUCUUCACGAACCUCAAGCUCCAACGGAACCCUGUCUUUCGCUUCCUCAUCUUCUUCUCUCAGGACUUCUCUCUCAACAAGCUUUUUAUCCUCCUUCGCUGGCGGCGGAAGUGUUAUUGGCGAUUUCUCUGGCAUCAAAAUCCGACCUGAAUGUCUCAGUCCGGCAUCAAUUUCGAGUUCGAAAGGUAAAAGAAGCGUGGUCACUAUGGUUAUUCCUUAUACUAGGGGAAGUGCAUGGGAGCAACCUCCUCCUGACUUAGCAUCUUACUUGUUUAAGAAUCGGAUUGUUUACUUGGGCAUGUCUCUUGUUCCUUCUGUCACAGAGUUAAUACUUGCAGAAUUUCUUUACCUUCAGUAUGAGGAUGAAGAGAAACCUAUUUACCUUUAUAUAAACUCCACUGGUACAACUAAGGGUGGUGAAAAGCUGGGUUAUGAGACAGAGGCUUUUGCAAUCUAUGAUGUUAUGGGGUAUGUUAAGCCACCUAUAUUUACUCUCUGUGUUGGUAAUGCUUGGGGAGAAGCAGCUCUGCUUCUGGCUGCGGGGUCAAAGGGAAAUCGUUCUGCUCUACCUUCAUCAACUAUCAUGAUAAAGCAGCCAAUUGGGAGAUUUCAAGGUCAAGCAACAGAUGUCGACCUCGCAAGAAAAGAAGUGAAGAAUGUGAAAGCAGAAUUGGUCAAUCUCUUGGCAAAACAUAUUGGAAAAUCACCUGAGCAGAUUGAAGCAGACAUUAGUCGCCCAAAAUAUUUUAAUCCCGCUGAGGCAGUUGAAUAUGGCAUCAUAGACAAGGUACUAUAUAAUGAAAGGAGCACUGAAGACCGUGGUGUUGUUUCUGACCUUAAAAAGGCACAGCUUAUAUGAUUGAGAGAAAUUUCAAUUGGUGAUUUUUGGCAGUAAUCCGCUUAAGGGUGGGGAUGCCGCAUGGUAGCAGUGCUUUUUUAAUAUCAAACGUACGCGUCUAUGGUCCCAGAUAUCAACAGCACCUCCUCCAUUUUGUAUCCAGUGUUUGGGGCACCGUGUUAAGCGAUAUCACAUUACACAAGCCAUAAUGGUAGCUAGUGGCAGUUACUAUCUCAGAUUUGGAACAGUCUCUCUCUCUCUCUCUCUCUCUCUCUCUGUCAAAUUAUCAUUGGAUUCAUUGCAAAUCAAUAAGCAUUAUUAAGUAUUUCAAACUGUAAUUUUGUAUUUUUGUUAUUGCUUU